AUCAUCGUCUCUCCCAAGAAAAACAAAAAAAAAAACCAUGAAAAUGAAGAAGAAAGGAAAAGUUUACCCAUCUCCUCCUCCUCCUUCAUCGUCUUCUUCUUCUUCUAACCAUUUUAACGAAGAUGAUGAUGAUUCUCUCUCUGUGUUGAAGCUUCUUCCAGCAACGAUUUUGGUUCUAGUUUCUGUUCUCUCAGCUGAAGAAAGAGAAGUUCUUGCUUACUUAAUCACAAGAGGAACCACCAUUUCCGAUAGAGGAAACUCUUCUUCGAAGAAUAACAAGACGAAGAAGAAGAGCAACAACAAAUCUACCAAAAAUCACAAACCACCAGUUUUCGAUUGUGAGUGUUUCGAUUGUUACACGAACUACUGGUUUCGUUGGGAUUCAUCGCCGAAUCGUGAGCUUAUCCAUGAAAUCAUCGAAGCUUUCGAGAAUCAUCAUCUCUCUAGUGGUGAACAAAACUCCGCUUCUCGCAACAAAUCUAAGAGAGGUAAGAAGAAAGAGAAACCGGGUCGUCGGGUCACUGAUUCGGAUAAUAAUAAUAAACCGGGUCUUCGGGUCAGUGAUGAUGAUGAUAAGGAUUCUAAACCCGUCGUCGAGCCAAUGACUGAAACCACUGUUUCCGAGAGUAGCCACGUGUCGUCACCUGAUAGAUUGAGUGAAGCUGAGGUGGCGGAAGGAGAACCGGAGGAUGAGAUUGUUGUUGAGGAAGAAGAGGAAGAGGAAGAAGAAUCGGCGGUGGUGGUUUAUGCGGCGGCGGCGAGGACUGUGACGGGACACAAGGGAUUGGCGAGGAAGGUAUUGCCGGACGUGUUGGGUUUGUUCAAUUCCAAUUUUUGGAGGCUUUGGAAUCCGAACGCCUAAAAGCAUCCAUCGACCGGAAAAAGUUAUGCCUUUUUUUUUGUUGCUGUUUUCAUAGAACAAAAAAUAAUCUCAUCUUUUGCUUUAAUUUUUUCUUCUUUCUCUAAAAAAAAUUACAUGACUACUUUGAGGUUAUGUUUAAUGGUUGAAAAAAUGCAGGUCUUUUAG